UAGUCACUCUAAAUUCUUAAGAAAAAUUCCUGACCUAUCAACGGCACCAAAUCUUGAGAACUUACAUGUUGACCAUUGUACAAGUUUAACUGAUAUCCAUGAGUCUGUUGGAUUUCUUACCAAGUUGGUUAUAUUAGACGCUCAACGCUGCAGCAAUCUCAGCACUGUUCCAAGUAAUCUGGUCUCCAAAUAUUUUACAACAUUGGAUUUUCAAGGCUGCUCGAGACUCCAAAUCUUUCCCAACAUAGUUGAGAAAAUAAAAUUUAUAUCAAGCCUAAAUUUAUCUGGCACUGCAAUAAAAGAGUUGCCUUCCUCAAUUGAUCAUAUAGUUGGACUUCAUGAGUUGCACUUAUCAGCUUGUAGAAAGCUUGUGCAUAUUCCAUCAAGCAUUUAUAAGCUAGUGUUUCUUGAUGUCCUUAAUCUUACUAGUUGCACAAGUCUCUCUGAGUUUCCAAACUAUGUCCAAGAAAUACAUGGCAAUUUUGAGCUCAGCAAGUUAUAUCUUCAAAAUUCCAAUAUAACAAAAGAGGAUUUUCUUGUUACUCCUUUUAGUUUUCCCUUGCUUCAACAUUUGGAUCUAUCGGGUAACAGGUUUGCCACUCUUCCCUCUGCCCGCAAGGUUUCUAAGCUUUCAUAUCUUAGAUUAGCUAAUUGUAAACUACUUCGGGAAAUUCCGGAGCUUCCAGAAUGUCAAAUUAAUUUAGAAGCAAGUGACUGCAAAUCAUUGGUCGAGACUUCAUGGAAGACAAUGACCAAGAUAAUUUCCAAUGACACGGGAUUCUUGAGGGACUCAGAAAUUAAAGUUACACUUCCAGGAUCUGAUAUUCCAGACUGGUUUAGCCAUAAGUCAAUAAUGGAAUCAGUAAAAUUUGACAUGCCUCGGAAUAUGUCAAAGAAAAUGGCUGCAGUGAUCAUUUGUGCUGUCUCAAGAUCAAUGAGGGAACAAAUAAUAGGAAUGUCAUUUGAACUACUUCACAAAAGUGAUUCUCGUGUAGGGUCUCUUAGAAGAGGGAACGUUUUGGUAGAACCAGGGAAUAUGUGGCUUAUUUAUCUCCCGGCUAGCACCCUUCUUUCCGAGUGCUUGCCAUACUCUCCAUUCAAGGAUACCAAAAAAAGUGUCCUAAAAAAGAUAAAUCUUGUAUACAAAAUCAAGGUAUCAUUCAUGGGCAGAAGCAAGAAAAAUGAUUAUGAUUAUGAGAGAGAAGUACCCAUCUUUAUUUGUUGUGGGAUUCAUGUACUAUGGGAUCAAGAUGAAUUAAUGAUUGAACAAAAGCGGAUCAAAGUCUCUGAGCCUAUUUCACAUAUUAUUGAGAGAACCUAUGAUGAUUUUGCUAAUGGAGGCAUCCAAUUCAGUUGGAGUUCACGGCAGAAAGGGGCAGGUCUAUGGGGCAGGAAGAACAUGUUUGAAAUAGAGGACUGGGAAGAGAAAGAAGAAGUGGCCAACAUUUCUGAAACAGAGAAGAUUAUUGACAGAACCUUUGACGAUUUUGCUAAUGAAGGAAACCAAUUCAGUUGGAGUUCACAGCAGAAAAGUACAAGUGUAUCUGCCAGGACCAACAUAUUCGAAAUAGAGGACUCGGAAGAGAAAGAAAAAGUGACCAACAUUUCUGAAACAGCGGACAUGGAAGUAGCAGAAGUGACUUCUUCUGAAGAACUAGCUAACAUUUUUGAAACAGAGGACAUGGAAGAGGAUGAAGAACUAGCCAACAUAUCUGAAACGAAGGACAUGGAAGAACUCACUACCAAAAAAAUGUCUUGUUGCCGCAUUUGUUAAAAAAAAAAUACUGGUAAAAAUUAUUAUUUGAAGCAUUUUUUUAAAAGAUUUGUCUUUAAAUUACAUCGUUAAACAAAUUUUUCAUAAAACUGCAGUGCGAAAUUGUGAUUAUAUCCUAUUUCAUUACAAGUUUUUUAAUAGACUAUGUCAGAUCCAUAGGGGAUUUAUGUCAGUUCCAUGACUCCUGCAACUCUGUCUUUAUGUUUACUUUUGAAAAUUUGACAUAUUAGACACAUGUUUCUAGAUGGCUAUUGAUAAUUGUGCUUGUGGUCAUAAUAUGUUUGGUAGUUGCGUUGCCUUUGAUGAACAAAUAUAUUUGCAGAUGGCUUUUAUGUUGAAACAGAUAUAGUGCCUUGAGGAAAGUGCUUAAUCAUUGAAGGAGAAAAGUUUAAAAUUUUCAAAAGGAUGCUGAAAAUACAUGUAAGUCUACAUCUAUUUUUGCAUUCCUGAACUGUUUGAGUUUAAGAAGGAUCAAAAUCAAAUUUCUCUUUCUGGUUAUGGUGAAGGACAAUUUCUCUAGCUUGAAACAUUCAUUGGUAUGAUAAUAGAGAACAAGACAGCAUAUGCAUGCUGUGAUAAGACUCUUAUG